AUGGCCAAUAACCUAAGCAUCCAGGCCUUCAGCAACGGUACUAUUCUGAAGGUGUGGUGGGAAUGGACCCUCGUGGCCAUAAUCUGUGCCAGUGGGCUUGUUGGCAUAAUCGCAUUCCUCUGGACAUCAUACAAUGCCAUUCGGGCGCUGCUUAUAGGGAAUAACGAUGAGCUUCAAUUGCCUCGAGCCGUCCAGGAGCGGAUACACCUCCUAUCCCGUAGCGCGAAUUUCGUCCGCCCAAAGCAAGCCCUUCUAGAGAAGCCUUCAUCGUUUGGCGUAUACCUCGGCCUGUUGAACACACCCAUUACGGUGGAAGAACACCAAUUGCUGUCAAGAUGGGAAGCUGUAGUGUUGGACUAUUGCGAGCCUGGGGUCCUGGAGGCAGUCAGCGAUGAAGGUGUGGCUCUUGGGCCGCAUAUCAUCGCCAGAUUAGAUCUGCUCCAGAUAUUGCCCUUCCCCGCUAUGGACAAUGAAGUCGAAAUGCUGCGGGCUGUAUACCUCGUCUCCAAGGUCCUCAAGCAAACCCUGCGGCAACCCGGUCAGCGCAGAUACUUCACUGGUGUAUUGGUAGCCGGCUGGAGAGAAAGAGUAUGCACACCGCUGCUUAACGGCUUGGCACGGCUCUUCUUCGCGCACGGUCUGGACGUUUUUCUUGAGAUCGGGCCACCAGACUUUUUGGAUGGAGUCGAGAAGCUUAACCUUAAGCUUUUCGCUGGUGCCAUUGUAAGGAAUGGCACCAUACUCCGUAACGGAGAACGCCGAGACUUCUUCGCUAUGGACAAGAUGAAGACUACGACGAAAGCAUUCGUAUCACAAGCCUGUUUGCGACCCUUCAUCACAAUGAUGUGGGACACGCUCGAUGACGACGCCGACUUAUCGCACGCGGUCGCAAGGAGGGCUCACAUGUGGUGCAGCUAUCACGGAGCCAUACCUUACUUUGCGCGCGAAUGUGCCCUCAAGGAUCUGUCCGAGCUCCGUUCCUGUGAGGAGCCACUAGCUGCCUUUCAAUGGCUCAAGGAUCGACGAGUCAUGAGUGUUCACGAGAAGUUCCGAACGACCCGCAUUCUCUCUCCCGGCUUUUCGAGCAUCAUCGAUGACUACCUUCCUUUGCAAGAAGUAUUUCCACUUUUGGGAAGCACAAUCGCGGGCCUCGAUGGCUCCGAGUCCGACUCAGAGGAAAGCUCAAAUGCAUCUACCCUCACUGUUCAAUAUCCAGAGAUUGAUGAAAAUGGAGCCCUAUUGCCACAAGAACCGGAUUCUCCUGUCUCCUCGGGUCUGGAUUGGAGUACGUCCGUGGAGAAACAUUCGGCCAAUCCCCUGUCUUGCUCGUUCGCUGGUACUUUCUAUGGGCCUCUGGGAUGUUUUCCAAUUGGUCUCAAUGCGUCCCAGGAAGACUUCGAGCAUGUUCUACGCUCUCAGCAGCGGUUGCGAAAUUUAAAUCUGCUUAGCAGGCUUCCAGCGAAACAACUGCACGCUACCGCAAACGUCCUCAGCAGCUACAGCGCCUCAGCGUCCGGCGUACUGAACAUUGUUCCUACGUCACGAGAUGCUGUCCGGAAUCUCGCCGACGCACUUGCUCGCACAAGCGACGAAGAUGACCCCUACCAGGUCCGAGUGUAUUCUGGGCUCGACUCCGGAUUCCACACCCCUUCCGGAGGUCAAUUCUGGGCAGUCUGGGAAGUGGAGCAGAGGACAUCUUCCCUGAUCAUUUAUCUUUCCAAAUCAGCGCAGGAUAUACCCGGCAUAUUGCUCCACACGCACCUUAGCAAAUCAAGCUUCACCAGAUAUCAGUGUUUCCUUUUGGAAUACGGUUUGAGCGAACAUCGGAGCGAAUCUAGCUCGUUGAAAAGGUUACCGCCACGGUUGCAGCAAGAUGUCAACCUCCUCUCGACUUCGGAUCUCCUUCUAUACCUACAGCAUCUACAGUAUUCUGAAUGGGACGAGUCAUGCCCACUACUCUCGGCUAUACGCUCUGAAUGCGAAGAGCUCCUCAUCGACGUCCCAACAUACCGCCAGCUGAAGAAGCUUAGCAAUAUGGACUACAUCAGCGGAACAACCACCGACGAACAGCUUGUUUAUGCGCGAGUCAAAUGGUAUCGACUUUGCCGCCUUCCGUGCCUCGACCGUCAGCUCGCGCUAGAGCUAUUCAGACACGUCGAUUACAACUUCCGCAGCCUUCUCUGGUAUCGCGAUUACCAGAGCCUGGACGCCAUCACUGCAGCGAUCGAACAGCUCACAAGCAGAGAGAAUAUCGAUUCCGUGUCCGACUUUGUCCUCUUUUGCAUCUUCUGCGCAGCUAGGAAAGCUGGUUUUGAAGAAGUCUACAUCGAAGUAUCAGACCGUAACCCUCUUUUCAACCAGUACUCAGACCAGAGUGCCGCGUUCGCUGAGUUAUUUGCUCUGGGUUCUCGUUGCGAAGCUUACUUCGAUAUCACCCCUAGUGACAUGGGUGUGCUGUUAUCCAAGAAACAUCGGGACUAUUACAACGAGCCGGAACAUCAGCCUCCCAUGUGGAUCUUUAACGCUCCCUCGUUUGCUUCAGCAUAUGCCGCAGCUCAGACGGAUAUCGAUCCCGCCCAAAAGCCAUCUGUGUUGCCAGGAUAUCGUCGCUUCACCUUCCUCAGUGUCUUCGCCAUACCAGCGCUCGUGGAUAUCCUGCUUCUAUCCACUACCGGUCAUGGGCUUUAUUUGAGCGCCGCUAUGACAUUCGAGGAGAGCAAAUACGCGACGUUAGCCCUGAUGGUUUCGCUGCUGCUUUCUGGAGCCAUUGGAACCUGGAUAUCGAUCGGCGGCACCUACUAUCUGAUCUCCAUGGCCUUUUCUGCCGCAAACAUGUUCGUUCUCACUCGCUUGAUCGGAGGCCUCGCCUUUACCGUCGCUGCUAGCGCUGUCGGGUUUAUCGUCAUCGCAGCCGUUGUCGGAGCAAAGCCCGCCGCCAUAUUCUUCUUCUAUCUUCUCGGGUUGACUUCUUACCUCUCGGUUUUGGCCGUUCUCUCCUCUUACCAAGUCCCUGGAUCGGCAUUUCUCAAUGGUCGGAAAGCGAUCAUCUGCCUCAUCCCGACCCUCAUCAUAUCCCCCAUCCUUACGCUGUGGAUUUCAGGAUACGAUAUCAUCAUCUACCCAUGCGUGCUAUACAUCUUCGUCUUUCUCCUCCUCUUAGGGACUCGGCACGUCGCCACCGAAUGGGUGACCUGGUAUCACAACAUCAAAACGCUCAAUGACGCAGACGUGAAGGACUGGUACGUGCGGACGCACACGAGGAGGGAGCCACCCCCCAAAGCCGGCAAUACUCAAGGUAAGACCAAAGGGCCGAGAACCUCCUUGGCUCCUAGUUCGUCACUUGCACCAUCUAUAGAGAUGUCGUCCGGUGAAGCAGACCUGUUUCAUGGCCUUAGCGAACCAGCUAUUCUCGCCCUUUGCCGGAAAGAGCUGUACGAUGCUGUGAUGAAAGAGAAGAACCGCCACUUUUGGGUCAAGCCCACGGAUGAUGCCUUGGUCAGGGAGCUGGCUGAGUGCUGGGAUUCUACAAUUUUCUUGCUGGAUUGGUACUGCCGACUUACCGACACAAGACGACCGAUUCCCUACAGCUCGACCUGGAACCUGGAGACGCAGGUUGCUCUUGAGAGCAUGCAGCAGUCGCAAAAAGGCAUUCGACUGCACAAUUCUUUCAUUCAUUGGCGCAAUGCUGGUGAUGAGGUCGGUUGCGGUCUGCUUUAUUUCCUCACGGCCCUUAUGGAUCGCUGGCUCGACUUGGUACGGGGCGGCAGCCACUUGGUGGGUUUGUCCCGAGAAAUGAACACAACUCUUCGACUGGCUGUGGGCUUUGGUCUCGCAUACUACUUGAUAGGAGCCGUCCUCCUCGACUACAAGGCCCAGCAUUUGCACCAAUUGUCCGAACAACAAUCGCCCGUCUCAGUUGAGAACAUCCCACAUAUCCGCAAGGCAAAGGCCAAUGAUCAGAAGUUCAGACGCCAUCUCUACUGGAACACCAUGUGGCGCUUCAUCGGUGUCCAUGUUUGGGCGCUGUCACUUAGCGCUGCGCUGGUCUGGAUCUUUAAUGACGACCCAACGGGAACGAAAAUGUUUCUUGCCUACGUAGGGUCUUACAGCGGCUUGCUUCUCUAUCAGUACAACAAGAUCUUCUCUGGGCCCCAUGCAUUAAUGCCCCUACUUGUGGCAGUAAUCCUCGGUUUCGUCGUUGGCAACAUCCUGAAAUCAGUGCGAACUACCCAGUACGAUAAUGUUAUCGCUCUCGCGGUGUCAACCUGGACGGCCGCUCUUCUCUCUUUCCACACAGCCAAGCUAGGCUUGCCUGAAGCAUUUGACAUUCAGAUGUGGCUCUCCGAGAAAAUGGAAAAUUACAGGCGGCCAAAGAGACCUAACGAGUCCACCGAUUCCGUCAAUAUUCGAGGACUACCAUCUCAAUACCGGAUUCAUUGGUCCAGCAUCGAGAAGUUCCACGCCUACACCGGCGCGGGUCCUGAUGAAGAAUGGAGCCAAAGCGAGCUUCAGGCCUUUGCAGACAAGUUGCGUACCGGGCCGAAGGAGGAUCGGUUUAGAGUGCUACCUUUCGGCCACCCCGGAGACCAGAUCACCGCGAUCUUACUUUCAUGCACUCACGACACCUUAUCCAGACUCGCACUACAGGCGUAUCCCGCUAUGCCGUUCCUGGUGCAGCGAAUUGUCUUGGCAUGGCAGAAUGGUCUCAUUAAAGUAUUUAUCGUCCCGAUGCAUUCAGUGGCAGGCGACACAUCCGAUCUUCGAGCCAUCUCUCACUAUUCAGAUGGUCGCAUGACGCUAUACAUCGCUUCGGACGCGAAAGGCUCCUCAUCGGUACAGAUGAAUGUCAGCAGCAAUUCUCGCACUAUUGCGGAGACAUUGCUGCACGCCUGUUCGGAGACCAUGUUCGGCAUGUCUCACCAUCAAGCGGAGCUGGCUGAGUCGAUCCUAGUAUGUCGUCCGGUUAGCGACGAUCCGUAUUCCGUGUCAGAAUGCAGCAAACGCUCUAUGCCGUCGAAGGCGACAGGGCCUCAGGCUAUUGCGUUCGAGACUAUGUGUCGAAAAGAACUGUUGCGAAAUCUAUGCCUUGGCUCUGAAUGCGACAUGCAUUGGGACAACCUACCACUGGACAUCCGCCGCAUGUUCCUUCGACGAUGCCUCGGCGCCAGGGGUCCGUACACGAACACUGAGAUGUCAUGGAUCAAUUCCAAUGUGCCGGCGGAAGAUGCUUGUACUAUACUCUCUAGAUUGGCUCGUUACGAUCUUGGAGCGUACUUGGCCGUCCAUAAGUACAACUAUUUCAAGAACCGGGGCGAGCAGGUGCUCAACGAAAAGGAGUAUCGUCAAAUCACCGCCGACAUCCAACAAUCUCAUCACCCCGUCCUCAACCGCUCUGCAACGUCCAUCUUCACCGACUUUGCUAACCGCAUCCGAGUCCCUCUCGCAUACGGCUAUCAUACGAUCGGAACGUGGAUCAAGUUCUUCGUGCUUGCAUGCAUGGCUGAUCCAGAGUACCAACGAGAGUUGAACUGUGCAUUGGGAAGGACGCCAAAAUUCCUAGCGAAACCAGCCACAUUCAUCCUUACUGGGCUCUGGAUCUACAGCCGCGCUGCCUUGUCGUUCAGUCUCCCCUUCUUCCUCUACCAUGACCGUAAAGAUAUUGCCGAUCUCGCCACUACAGUCAAGGGUAGCAUUGUAGCUCAGAAAAAGGACCGCCUCAUCAUUCGCAGCUAUGGAGACACUGAGACGGCAUUCGUUCAUCCGACUGAUGAAGGCGGCUUCAAGUUAGUCUUCUACCAAGGCAUUCUGAAGCAAGAGCCGAAGUGGGGCCACACCAGGAUCUCGGAGUAUGCAAAAGACAUGCGGAUCAAUUCACGGAAGGAGUACAAGAACGGGGAAAUUACUAAUGAGUUUGUCUACGACUUCCCCGCCAAACGAACGUCACGAAUAAGCAAGAUCACCAAGGUGCAGAAUACCAAGCUCCCCAACAGUCGACACUGCGUGCGCGGCAGCGAUGAAGGCACGAAGGUUCACUACAACCACAAGGGUCAUAUCGAGUCCGGCAGCUACAUUCAGCAUGGAAACUUGGUGCGAUUCAAGUACCACUACCGCAAGAAUGCGAAGUACGACGAUGAGCUGCUGAGAGCUGAGUUUGUGCUCCCGCACAUGUCAGUCAACGUGAGCUGGUGCGCGCCUCCUGUUCGCCAUGCUGAGAAGAUGGAGCGAUGGAUUCCGACGCCGCGUGUGCACGAAGCGACUUUUGUCCAAGGAGCAGAUGUCUACGAAUGCUCGUGGCUCUAUGAUCACAAGUUCCAUCCAGUUAUUUCCACGAAGCUCAAUGGCGAGACCGUUGAUACACCGGACAUGAUCCGCUAUGACUGGCUCGGUGUAUUGAAGAAGCCGUCACGUUGUAAUUUCAUGGACGAAAACCCGCUCUUGGACUUCAAAGCACCCACCUCCAGCUUCAUGAGCCGCCUUUUCCGCAACAACAUCAAGCGUCAGGAAAUUUCAACCUCAAGAGCUCGAUCUCAGCUCUGGAAGGCCUGGAAGAAGCGCUUGGAUCUCGACGGUGUAGUCGUUCGCUUCGUAGAUGAAGAGCUUAUUCGUAAGGAGGCUCUUCUGAGGCCUUACUGGCGCCGACGAGACCGUGGUAGUCUUCUGAAGGCGGAAGAUUAUCUCGCCCUGCACGCUGAUGCAAUCAUGGCAAGCUCUGACCUAACGAGCGAUAUUAGCGCAUGGACUCCACUCGCCAUUCGCAUGAGCGACCUGUUCAGCUUCGGGCAAGGUGGUGAUGCGGUCAUCUUCACAAGGACGAAGACACUCCAGCGCGACACCGACAAGAACCUCCACGUCAUUGCCGUCGACACCGGCACCUGGCCUAACGAAGGUGGUGGCGUCUCGGCAUGUCGGCGCGAUCUGAUUAACAACUUGCGGACAAUCAAGUGGCACAUGGUCGUCGAAUCUGCGAACGACUUUGGUCUACCCAAGCACCAGACGGAGGAGAAUGUGGAGUCGCUCAAAAUCAUACCGCUUUGGGGUCUUGACUUUCUCCACCCUUGCCAUGGCAUGUUCACGAACAAACUGGACAGCGAGGUCGAUCACUCAGUCAAAGAGGCUACCAUCAACGAUAUCAAGGUCAACUUUAUCCCCACAUUGACUGCUCUGGUUCGAGGCGCACGAGCCAUCAACAUGACCCCAGCCGAUGUCAAGCAAGCUACUCGAGCUCUGGUCAAUCUCAACACCUACUUCCAGGACUCUCGUCAUUGGAAGGAGGUAUGGACGAGCGAUACCGUGAAAGACACGUGGAGGAAGCUCUGGCUGGCGGAAGAUAUGCCCAACGCCCAGCCGCCGUCCGAGUGGUUCCGCACGGAACUGCCGACUCUCGGUCAUCUCGACACUGCGCUAGAGUUGUGGUUUAGAUACCUCUUUAUCUUCUCUAUCCCCAUUCCCGAGAAGAUUCCCAACGUCUUCCAGGCUUCGCAUCACAGUGUCUCGGCUUCGUACGGCAUUGUGUGCAAGCUCAAGCGCAACUGUACUCUCCAGAUUUGGGACCAUGCCAUCUCGUGGCGUGAGACCAAUCUCUACCUCUCUUCCGCCAUGUGCACGCUCCCGCCGUUCAUCCGGAAUGCCCUUCUUGGGUUGAUGAAGCUGACGUCGUGUCUUAUUCUGCAUCACGCCGACCAGAUUCUUCCUUGUGCAGACUUCUUCAACCCAGGAUGGGAGGUCGAGAUCGGCAGCUCCAAAGGCCAGCUCACGCACCGCAAUGUCUUCCGCCGAAAGGUCGACCCGAUCGUCAACGGCAUUACCGACAUGCAAAAGUUCGCGCCCGUGACUGAAAUCAAGACUAAGAGUCCCACCGUCACCAUGCUUUCCCACGUGUGGUUUGCAAAAGACAUCAAGACCGCGCUGCUAGCAGCAGAUAUCAUCUCCAACGAAUGGGGCUUCAAAGAUUACAAACUCGACAUCUAUGGCGCGCUCAACAAGGCACCGGUAUAUUCAUCCGAAUGCCAAGAGAUCCUUGCCUGUAAGGGUCUGGGGCAGAGCGUCACGCUGCGAGGCACCGCCGACCCGGCCAUGGUACUCGCAAACACCUGGCUCUUCCUCAACUCGUCUGUCUCCGAAGGCCUGCCUCUUGCUCUCGGAGAAGCCGCGCUCACAGGCGCACCCGUCGUCUGCACCGAUGUCGGCGCCUCCCUCCGCGUCCUCACCGAUCCCGACGAUGGAAAGCGCUAUAGCGAAGUCGUCGCACCAAACGACGCCUACGGCCUCGCCCGCGCGCAAAUCAAUCUCCUCGCCAUGCUCGACGAAUGGGCGCAAUUCGCCGACGAUCCUCCAGAUCAGCCCGCUCCCGUCCUCCCACACAAACCUACACCCCGCGAUGUCGAAAUCAUCACACGCCGCAUGUACGAGAAGAGCGACCAUCGCCGCAAAUUGGGUAUGAUGGCGCGCAACAUCGUGCAGAAGUCCUUUGGCGGCGAGCGCUACCUCCGCGAGCACGAGCAAAUGCUCUGGAUCGGCAAGGCCUGCUACGAGAUGCUCGGUCUCGAGAAGCGCAUCCCGCCGCCUAAGCACCCCGGUCGCAUGCUUUCUCUGAGACGACGCUCCAUCGCGCGACAGCAGACGGAUACCGCGUCGAGCAACGUCAUUGACCCACAGCUCGAGAAGAUGCAGCAUCCACGCCCGCCGCUCACCAAACAAUACUCAGCCGCUACGUCCUUUUCUUCCGUCUACAUGGAUGAGCCCGCCGGCUCGUCGAACCACAUAUACGGCGAUGACUGGGACCCCACAACACCCGAUUCCCCCGUCCUGUAUCCACACGACGAGAAUGAAGAGGGAUACUUCGCGCCGCUAUCUCGCCCACCGAAGAUAUACGCAAAGACGCAGGCAUCGGCGUCAACGUCGAGCUCGGUAGUCGCGAUGGGCAAGCGGCCCGUACAGUACGGAUAUGGCUAUGGGCAUGCCGGCGGCUGGAAGCAUGUGCCUGCUACUGUGGUGCCGAAGAUGGACCCGAAGAGAAGUGCGAUGAUGAGGCAGAGUAUGGUGGCAGGGAGUGCGAGGAGUAGCGUGAGGACGAGGAGUCAUUUGAAUGAGGUGGUGUAUGCGGAGGACUAUGGGAAUGUGGAUGGGCGGUUGUAA